CAGCCGAUGUGGGAACCACGUGAUCAGAAACUGUUUUUGAAAGAUAAGGGAGGAACGGAUGCGGCCUUCUGCACGCAGGCCCGAGAAAAAUCCUGCUGGGAAAGGUGCCAAGUUCAAAUUGGAGUCCCGGGGAUCGCGGCUUUUUGCCUGCAUACAUGCACAUCCGUACGAGGUCUGCUUUGUGUCAAAUAUUUCCUGGUUUGGUUCACCUGACAAAAAUACAUCGAACAUCAUUUCAUGCCUCGUACUGGAGAUAACAUGUACGUUUCCUGACCAGUCGUUCUUUCUUUUGUACGCCACUUACUUAACACAGCAGUCUCGUGGGAACGAGCUGUAGCCUUGUAGCCGACGUCCAAGCAGUCUAGAAGCUAAUAGGCUUGAUCUUCAUCGACUCGAAACAAGAGGAGCAAAUUAAAAUAAAAAUGAACCCUCCUCUGGCACUGGGCAUAUUAUUUCUCCUGGCAAUUUCUUGGAUGCUUUGCCCCACGAUCAAAGCGCAAAUAUACCCAGAAUGUCCUCGGACCGCGACAGAUACCGAGCAAAACCGCCUGGAGAUCCGUGAGACUAGCAGGAAAUUCGUCCAAAUCCUGGAGAGGUACCAGAACCGGCCGGUCGAGAUCGUCUUUGUCCUCGACUCCUCAGGCAGCGUGGGGUCAGGUAACUUCGGCUGCGAGGUGCAGUUUGUCCGGCACUUCUCUAAGCUGUUCAGUGUGUCUCCAGAGACGUCGCGUGUGGCGGUGGUGACCUACUCGAGCUGCAAUAAGAUCUACACCGAUCUGGACUACAUCAACUCCCCGGUCGGUAAGAACAAAUGCACGCUGCUUGGCACUGAUCUACCGCGGGUUUACUACCGAGGUGGGGGUAGGUGUACCGCAUACGCACUCCGUAGAGCCCACAGUCUUCUUGUGGCUUCUCGGCCGUCAACACAAAAGAUUGUCUUUCUCCUGAUUGCCGGCCAAUCCAAUGACGGUGGGUCUCCGCUUACAGUUGCUGCUGAACUGCGGAACAUAGCUACAGUCUUCGCCAUCGGGUUGGGCGACGGCAUCAACGUUGAUGAGCUGAAUGGCAUUGCGACGUCUCCAAGCAGCGAUCACGUGUUCCUGUUGACUCACCUGACGGAUGUCGAGACCCUGGCCGAGAAAGUGAUCGGAGAUCAGGUAGAUACGGCAUCAUGGGAUCACAACGUACCCUCUGACCUUUGCAACUCGCUCUGCCGGGGAAGUAACUGCUGCGACUCACGUGCCACCUGCUCAUGCGCAACACGAAUCGGAAUCUACGGAUGCGCCUGUCAUCCUGGGUACACUGGUGAUGGGAGACUAAAUCAAUGCACAGCAUGUCCCCGUGGUACCUUCAAAUCACAGUACGGCAACCAGGCUUGCGCCAGCUGCCCCACUCUCUCCACCACAGCGGCAGAGGGCAGUACAUCCCUCAAUGCCUGCGAGUGUCUGCCAGGGCAUCGAGGCUCCCCCAGCACGCAGGUCCCUUGCACGCCAAUUACAUGCCAACAACUGAGUUUCCCUGAGUCAUCCGGCGUUCUACUCGUUCCGCCGAACUGUGGCAAUCUCUACGGUACCGAAUGCCGUAUGCAAUGCCUGCCCAACUACAGACCACAGCCUGGUACCGCAGAUCAGUUGAUGUGUUUAGCCAGUGGCCAGUGGUCUGAUACUCCUCUCCAGUGCGACGAGUAUCCAUGUCCCGACUUCCCUCCGCCAUUGAACGGUGCAUUGGUUUGCGACACUUGGUUAGGGGGUCAGUUCUGUCGAGUGGCUUGUAAUGAGAAUUUUGAUUUCAACCGGAAACCUGCAACAGAAUACUUCUGUGACAACUCGGCCCAGUGGGCACCGUCGCCACUCUCUUUUGACGAUCCUGCUGAAUUCAGGGUUCCUUGGCCAGAUUGCACAGAAAUGAGAGAUCCCACAGUAGAGGCAACACACCAUGCCCAGUUCUAUGUUGGUGAUUGCCAGCUGGAUAAUAAUGCUAGGGUGCAGAUUGCUGCAGAUUUUGUGGCAAGGUUCCAGGAACUCAAUCGAAUCAUACCUGGCUUUUGCUCGGCCGACACAAGUUGCUCAGUGGAGAAUGUUAGUGUGAUGUGUGGUGACACAACUCAAGGGGAAGAGGAGAUUUCGGAAACAACCGUUACCUGCCCGGCGUUGCUCCCGUUGCGCCACGGCUCAAUGCGACCCUUAAAUUGCACCACAAGGCGACCGGUGAACUCUACCUGCCUUUUCAAGUGCAAAGAAGGAUACCGACUGCAGGGUCCUGCAUUCAGGAUGUGCGAAGCCAGUGGUAAUUGGUCUCAAGCUGGGGAAGAAGCUACCUGUGUGGACCAGGAGGCACCGAGGAACAUCUAUUGCCCUGACAACAUCAAGAUUGAGAGCAACGAAAGACAAACAAGCGUCAACUGGACGGUGCCUACCUUCAAGGACAACUCUGGAGAGCCAAUUCAAACAACAUUCAACCGAGUGCCCGGGUCUCACUUUUCCUACGGCCCGCCUGAGCUUAUUUGGUACAGAGCUGAAGAUGGGGCAGGAAACACAGCAUUUUGUAACUUCACGGUCGUAGUAAGACAGUAUCUAUGUCCCUACUUCCCUCCGCCACUGAACGGUGCAUUGGCCUGCGAAACUUGGUUAGGAGGUCAGUUCUGUCGAGUGGCCUGCAAUGAGAACUUUGAUUUCAACCGGAAACCUGCAACAGAAUACUUCUGUGGCAGCUCGGCCCAGUGGGCACAGUCUCCUCUCUCUUUUGACGAUCCUGCUGAAUUCAGGGUUCCUUGGCCGGAUUGCACAGAAAUGCGAGAUCUCAGAGCCGAUGUACUGUCUGGAGACCAGUUUUACAUCGGUGAUUGCCAGCUAGACGAAAACGCGAAGGCACAGAUCGCUGCAGACUUCGUGGCAAGGUUCCAACAACUCGACCAAAUUCUACCCGGCUUUUGCCAGGCCGACUACGGCUGCACGGUGGAGAAUGUUGAGGUGACGUGUGGUGACAUGACCCUAGAAGGAAAAGAGAUCUCGCGAACAAGUCAGCAACUUCGUCAAAACAUCUCAGCCGCAGCCAUCACCUGCCCAGCGUUACCCCCACUGCGUCACGGCUCAAUUCACCCCACGACAUGCUCCACAAGGCGACCGCUUAAUUUCAUCUGCAUGUUCAAGUGCAAAGAUGGAUUCAAACUGCGUGGUCCCUCGUUCAAGACGUGCGAGGCCGGUGGCAGUUGGUCACGCGCUGGGGAAGAGGUUGCCUGUGUGGAUGAUACCCCACCAGAAAUAAUCACCUGUCCACGAUCUGUGGUUAAAGAUGCUGAUCCCGGCCUGUCGUCGGCUGAGGCAAGCUGGGAUAUGCCAACUUUUCAGGACAACCUGGACAGAACAGAUGCUCUCACCGUCACGGUCACUCCAGACGGUCUGAAUUCCCCUCAUCGCUUUGAGAUCGGAUCAGUGGUCAUCACUUACAACGUGACAGACAGGGCCGGCCUAAGCUCAUUAUGCGUGCUGAAAGUCGUUAUUCGAGACACACAGCCUCCGACGGUGGAGGUCUGCCCUGGGCCAAUUAUUGACAUCACCUCUAGAACGAGGACGAAGUCUGUCUCGUGGGAUGAGCCCCAAUUUGACGAUAAUUCCCGCCAAGAUCUCCACAUCGUCAAAUCACACGAGCAAGGGGCUAAUUUUACCUGGGGUUCGCACAUUGUGACUUACACAGCUACAGAUGGGGCGGGACUGAGCGCCGAAUGUCGCUUCACGAUUCGCCUUGGACACAACAGAUGUCCAAAUUACCCGGACCCACGUAACGGCGGCAGGGCCUGUGACGAGUGGCUCUUCGGUGUGUUCUGUCGGAUAUACUGCAAAGAAGCCUUUGACUUCCCCCAAAGGCCAGCUCAUUAUUACAUUUGCUCUCAAGGGAGAUGGCGCACGUUUCCACCUAGAAUGGCCAUACCCUGGCCAGACUGUUCGGAAAUAGCAGAUUCAUACGGAUACAGACGGGGCAUGGUAUCUCAGUACUACGUAGGGGACUGUAGCAAUGAGAAGGCCCGGCAAGCAAUCAAGGCAGCAUUUGUGGACGAUUUCAAAAGGAGUGUGAAACGAAACGGUGGCUGCGUCGCGGACAACGCCUGCACGGUCGAGUAUGUGACCUUGUACUGUGGGGAUAUCGACGAGGACAGGCGGCGUAGAAGACGCCGUCAGAUUGCUAGUGACGGGACAGACUUCGGUAGCAUCGUCACCAUAGAUUUCACUGUGUCGACGAAGAUAUACUCUUUGGAUAAGACGCGAUACAAGGAUCAAUUGGCAAAUGCCGAGCAAACAUUGGAUGAAAUCAGCCGGGACUACGAGCGAAUUGCACAGGCUGGACAGAUGCGACUGGUGGUUGAGAAUGAAACCCUGCUUGUCGUAGAGGGCUCAGUCACGAUCAACAAGAGUGUUCCAAUGUGCCGUCGUGGAUCCGUCGCACUGAACGACACGAACUGCAUAAGCUGCGCAGUGGGUUCGCACUUCGACAGUAGAACAGAGACCUGCAAAGUUUGUGCUGAAGGGACGUACCAGGACGAGGAGGGGCAGGAUGAAUGCAAGCCGUGUCCCUGGGGGACAUGGACCGAUGGACCCCGCGCCAAGAAUUCAAGCGAAUGCCUGCCGGAGUGUAAACCCGGUACGUUCUCAUUGACCGGACUGGCCACUUGCCGACCGUGCCCCCAGGGUUCCUUCCAGCCUAGCUUCAAGCAAACGUCCUGUCUGCCGUGUAGGGAGGGUACCACAACAUCAUCGAAGGGAUCCAGGUCAUCGAGCAACUGCCAAGCUAUCUGUGGCCCAGGAACAUUCAGUGCAACUGGACUCCAUCCAUGUCAGCCUUGCCCACUGGGAUCGUAUCAGCCUGCAGAGCAGCAAACUCGAUGCAUCCCGUGUGCGGGUAGUGGAACGACGGCUGUGAACGGUGCUGCAUCUGAAGACGAAUGCAAAGGUACGGAGUGACCAGUUUACAGUGAAAUCUCCAAGGAUGAGGCAUGCAUUGAGACAGGUGAACGGUGUGCGUAGAUGUGUCUACAACGCUGAAUUUUUGUUCACCAAACGAACUCAAAUAUCAUCCAAAUUACAAGGAGUAGAAAAGCUCUUUAAUCAUGUUCAAAAAAUGCAGAAAUUUUACGAUGCAAAUGAUUUGUGGGGAUAAAACUGGUUCUCAAAGAGUACCGGGUUUUAAACUAAAUUAUUAGUAAAAAGAUAUUUUACCUCUUAAAUCCCUUAAGGUAUAAUAAUCAUAAUGAACAGCGCCCUCAAUAGUUUGGAGGUUUGUAACCAGACCAUGCUUGUCAGAAAUAUUUUCUUAUGUUUUCUCUUGAAAGAGUUUUGUCCAAAAUGUGACACAGUUUUCACCAGUUUUUUACUAGACCAACGUUAGACAGUUACCGAGAGGAGUUUUGCCAAAGAAGAAAGCAUUCAUUUGACUCUUCAUUUAAAGGAUUUCUUGAGAAGUAAAGACGAAAUUUAGUAUAGUGUUUAACGUUAGAUUUGAAUGAAGUUAUUGUUGUAGUGGAACUGUGUGUGCAUGUAUUUUGUAAGACAUGAAGCCAGUUUAAGUGGAUAUAAAUACCCAUAUAGGUUCACGCUUUAGAACACCAAGAUUGAGUAAAACUUCUGAAUUACAUUAGUUGUUUACUAAAGUUAUAUGACAUACAUAGCUUAGUCUUUAAUUUCCAGAUUUAGUAGAGUUUUCAAGUUAAAAGUGUUAGUCUUUAUCGUGAAUAAUUUCUUAAUGAAAGAACUGAUAACUUCAGUCUAGAUUUCAGUAACACAACAUUAAUAAGGAAAACUAUAUGCACAUCAGUAUUUUGAAUUUAGCCAGUUAUGUCAUUGCUUUAUACAUACACAAGUCCACAGAAUUUAGAUCAUCUUUGGAAAUUCAGUUUUGUUAUAAUGGAACAAGCAUUUAAAUUGUUUGUCAUUUCCGUGUUUUCCAGAUCGAAUAAACAUGGCUGAGUAAUUAGCCCUAUACGAUUCACAAGA